AGCAACGUAAUUACCUGUAAAACUGUAGAAAUGUUCGUGAUUUUUCUGUUUCUUGAAAAUAAGAUGUGUUGUUUGAGGCUACUAAUUUUCCUCGUUUUUUUUUUUUCAUUUUUCUCCUUUUUUUCUUUGGUUUUAUUUUGUCUAUCUUACAAGGGGAAGCAAAGAUAGAAAAAGGUUUUUUAUUGGUGCGCAUUGUAACCAAUCACCAACUUCGUUAUAUCGGACAACUUCUAGUCCUUGUUGCUAUGCGACGUAAGAUGUAGUACAACCAAAAACCAAGAUGGCGGCGACCUUAUGAACGACAUGUGAAACGGUUUUUUUAUUUUUAUAGCAAAUUCAACUAUGUUUUUUGAUAUAUAAAGCAAUAAAUACAAACRAAAAUGGAGGGAACUGUUGCUGGAGUACGAAUUGUUCCUCCAGUGGUAGAAUUCUUYGAUGCAGAGACUGAAGUACUUCAUCAAAUGACGCUAACUGUACAAAAUUUGAGCAAAGCGUCAAGAAAUAUUCGCUUUCAUGGACCAGCUACCAGCCAGAAAUUUAAAAUCAGAGCAAAGAAUCCAGACAAUGCAAUUGCUCCGGGUCUAGAAGUAUCAGCGAUAGUUGAGUAUUAUACGACUGAAAAUGAAGAUUCUCAAGACAGGGUUAUACUCACUGUAGACAAUGAUGUGAUAGAAGUUCCUCUUGUAGCUUAUGCCCCAUGCUCUCAACUGGAACUUAGUGGACCAGCAAAUUUUGGUGUUAUUGUGGCUGACAGCAGAGUCCUGUCACGUCAAAUAGCUAUCUUCAAUGAAGGYAGUACAGCUGGGGAAUUCAAAAUCAAAUAUACUGGAAACAAACCUAUUACUAUCAUGCCGACAUCUGGUGUUGUCCAACCAGGACACAGUCAAAUGAUCAAGAUUGAAUUUAUUGCCAAGACUCCAGGACCGUUCCAUGAACUUGCCCAAGUCAAAAUUGAAGGCCAGCCCUCUGCAUCCCUAGAGAUCUAUGGUCAAGUAGUUGAAAGAUCACUGGAACUACUAACCCUAGAUGGCUCACAGCRAGUAGACUGUAUCAACUUCGGCGGUGCUUAUUAUGGAACAGAUACUGUCAAGUCUUUUAUGAUUUAUAAUGGUAGCCCUGAUGUGGCCAACUUUGUAGUAAUUCUUGAAGAAGGUGGAGAAGGACAAGAAGUGGGAGUUGAUUUGACAAAGACAACAUCAGCUGUACUGGCUACCCAGGCACUCCAAGAAGAACUAGGAACAACCAAUGACCUGACRAGCCUUGUCACAGCGCUUCCCAGUCAAGGGGUGCUGGGACCCGGGGAGAGAAGUGUUAUUCACUUCUGCUUUAGUCCAAGGUUCACUCGUUCAAACAAGGGCUGGAAAAUGUUGGAUCAGCCUCCUCCAAGAAGAGACUUUGCUUUGUUCAUGCAUAUAGAGACUGUCGGCAGUGUCAAUACUGYGGCUGUGAAGAAUGGUCAUGGGAGAAAUGGAACUGGAGGGCCCAGAAUUGAAGUAGGUGUUGUUGGCACAGCAUUGCCAGUUCUYCUGUCUGUUUCACCCAGGCCUGUCUUUAACUUUGGUCAAUGUACAGUUGAYGAACAGAUAGAUGCUCUAUGCAUUCUCAACAAUGACUCUGAGGACCUCCCAGUGUCAUUCUCCAUUCACAAGAUAGCUCACUUYCAUACUCAGCCAAAACAAGGUAGCAUCAAGGCAGGGAAGUCAGCAGAUUUUGUGCUUUCYUUUCAACCUAACCAGAUUGGCCAGUUCAAGACAAUCUUACCUGUCGAUGUGCUUGGGAGUGUUGUUGAGAACUUUUCAAUGGAGGCCAAAGAUCCAACAGCAAUGAGGGCUAUAACAAUUCAUACUGUAAAUAUCCAACUCCAUGGAUCAGGAGCACUGAGUGCCAAUAUUAAGCAAAAUUUGCAAACCAAUAAAGAUAAUUGCAUAGCACAGCCUGAUGACAGGGCUACCAGUAUUAGACCUGCCAACAAAAAAGAGAAAAUCAAAACACUGUUUACUGGCACUGAGAGGUAUACCUACACAGAUCCAGACUACGCAUACACAGAUGAAGAAGAACGACAAAGAGAAGAACACAAACAGCAAUAUCUGGACUACAUUGAUGACUUGAGAACCAAAAGAAAGGUUGACCAGAAAAAAAGAGAGUUUGAAAAUCUCAACAAUGAUUUAGAUAUUGGRAUCAAAACCGGAAAAGGGCUUAGAGCUCCCAAACUAUCUGUCAAGGAAAUUGUACCUCCUGCAAAAGCUCCAUCACCAGUAAGCAAGGAUGUCAAACUMUUAAGUUCCAAGGUUUUAGCAGAGGAGAAAUCACGCUCCCUUACAAAACCUAUCAGUGAUGGUUUGAAUGCUGUUCCAAUGACUGAUAAAGAGAAAUCAGAUUGCUCUAAA